AUCGGAAUCGGUUUCGGAAAUAAUUAAUGUGGCCGCAAUUUUUUAUUCCCGUUGAUUAAUUGAUAAAAUUAUGGAUACCGCUUUUGUGCCGAUUCAGACCAAGGCGUCGGCGGUGUUAAAGGAAAAAGCCGAGUUCGCUGUGACCGUUUUCGAGCCCAAAAAAGCAGCGUUGAAACGAAAACAGAGCGCCAGGCCACGGCCACCACCGGUGGAGGAUCGCAAAACUUCGGACAACGAGGAGGACGAUGAGGACGACAUCGACGAUAUCUUUUCAGAUGCCCCCCGCCGUAAGCCGAAACAGAAAGCCGAUCCAACGCAGUUUGACCUGGCGAAGGCGCGGAAAGAUGUUAUUAAUUUCGGCAUCAGCGGGUUUGGUAAGGAAGACAAACAACAGGCCAGCGUGGCCCUCGCCAUAAAGCUCGGUGCUAAACCGCCAAAGAGGAAACACCGUAACUACCGGGAAAUACUGGAGGAAAAGAAAGCGGCCCAGAGUGCGGAGGACGAUGUAGCAGCAAAACGGCGCGCCGGUCAGAUGAACUUCGGAGCGGUCCAGUCGUACCAGAAGCACCAGCAAAGAAGGCGUGAUCGUGAGCGAAAUCCGGGAGCCAUUAUGAAGCAUUACGGCAAAGCCAGACCGCGCAUUACCGGCAAAAGAAAAUGAGAAUAAAUUAUUUCUUUGUAUCUGCGA